GUCGGCUAAGGGGCUCAGGACAAAAUGAUUGGCUCCGAUUUUGCACUGUUACAACGCAGCCAAAACAUUCUCUGUCCAGGAUCCUUCGCUAUCGGAGCCGAAAUCUUGGACCCCACGCGCCAGCUCAGUUCAACACGUUGUGCACUGGGUCCCUACAUUUCCCCUUUCGAUUCUCUCCCGCGAAACCCGCACUAAGCCCUAAAACGAUGUCGUCUUGCUCAAUCCUCUUCCUCCCCAAUCCAUAUUUCAACAGUGUUUCAACCCCGUCUCUCUCUCUCCUCCGGUUCUCUCGAGACAAGGCCAAAUCCUCCCAUUUUACCCCCAAAAUCUAGCUCAAUUUAAAAAAAGAAAAUAAAUAACAGUUACAUUAAGUAAAGUGAUGGAUCGGAGGACGGAGAGUCCCGUGUACGGGCCACAGUGGAGCGGUGGAUCGAGUAGCUCGGGUUCGUCGUCUCCCGCUCAUCCGCAGUCGCUGUUGCAGCCGGGUGCCGCCGGUGGUUUCUCAACCAUCAAGCGCACACAAAACGUAGCCGCCAAAGCCGCUGCUCAACGACUCGCUCAAGUCAUGGCUUCGCAGACCACCGACGACGAUGAGGAAGACGACGAUCUAGGUUUCCAGUUCGGCGGUCCUUCUGUACCUACUAGCUUCUCUAAUAACGGUUUAAAUCACAGUACUUUGCCCGCAAUCUCUGUCACUCGGCCUAAUAGAUCUGCCUCCCCUGCGUUAGGUCGGAAUUUUGUAGAGCAUGCGCCUUCGGUGCGGUCCACGUCAGCAGGGAGGCCGGCAAUGUCGAUGCGGUCAACGACGCCAACAUUGUUGCCGCCGAGUAGAACUUCAGUUCGCACGCCAGUUACUAUACCUCCGAUUGAUCCUCCUAAUAGAAGCAGAGAUAAAAGGUUUACAGCUGAUGUAGGACAACUCAAAGCAAAAGACACUGGAGAUCAGCGUGAAGCUUCUGCACUUUGUGAUGAACUUGAUAUGCUACAAGAAGAGAAUGAGAACCUACUUGACAAGCUUCAUUCUGCUGAAGAAAGACGUGAAGAAGCAGAAGCAAGAGCUAGGGAGCUUGAGAAACAGGUCGCUUCCUUAGGAGAAGGUGUAUCUCUGGAAGCCAAAUUAUUAAGUAGGAAGGAAGCAGCUUUGCGUCAAAGGGAGGCUGCUCUUAAGGCUGCAAAACAGACAAAGGAUUGUAGGGAGGAGGAAAUUGCGGCCCUUCAUUCAGAACUUGAGAACUUGAAGGAUGGAACUGCUACAGUCAUGGAACAGCUCCAUGAAGCAGAAUCUGAAACAAAAGCUCUUCGCUUAAUGACACAGAGAAUGAUUUUGACUCAGGAAGAGAUGGAGGAAGUUGUCCUGAAGAGAUGUUGGCUUGCUCGUUACUGGGGAUUAGCUGUACAGCAUGGCAUAUGUGCAGAUAUAGCAGUGUCAAAGCAUGAAUAUUGGUCUGCAUUGGCUCCUCUUCCAUUUGAAGUUGUUGUUUCUGCUGGACAAAAGGCUAACGAGGAGGCCUGGGAUAGAGGUGGUGGUGAUCCAGACCGGAGUAAACUUGUCCGGGAUGUGAAUGAUCUGACAGGAGAAGGAAAUAUUGAGAGUAUGCUCUCAGUUGAAAUGGGCCUAAGGGAAUUGGCAUCUUUGAAGGUUGAAGACGCUGUUUUACAUGCAUUAGGCAGGCACAGACGACUGAGUUUGCUUCAUCAAUCCAUCUCAGAUUCAAAGUCAACAGGUGAUCCUAAGUUGAUAGAUGCAUUUGAACUAAGUGAAGAGGAGGGAGAAGAUGUUCUUUUCAAAGAGGCUUGGUUAACAUAUUUCUGGAGAAGAGCCAAAGUACAUGGUAUUGAAGAGGAUAUUGCAGAAGAGCGGCUUCGAUUUUGGAUCAGCCAUAGUGGGCAGACCCCUACUUCACACAAUGCUGUGGAUGUUGAUCGAGGUUUAUAUGAGCUGCGGAAGUUGGGUAUAGAACAGCAGCUUUGGGAAGCAUCUCGUAAAGAAAUUGACCAGCCAUCUGCUGCAUCAAUGUCUAAUCACAAAGAUUUGGACAACGCUUUGUGAUCUGUUUCGUCCUUCUCCCCGUCUUCUUCUUUUUUCGCCAUCUUGAUAAGUUUGCAUCAAAUUUUAAGUUUUUAUAUUUAUUGUUCAAUUUUUUUCAUUAAUUUUUAUUACAGCUUGCUUAAAUUUCACAGUUUUGAUUUCUUGUCUUUGGUUUAAUUUGACGACCCGAUACCUGGUGUAAUAGAUCUUGAUACUUGUUUGAGCUUCAAGUGAAGAUCCCAAGUAACAUUUUGGAGGUUCAUUUCGAUCGUAAUUGCUGCAAUAUUUGUGCAUAAGAUGCAUCGUGCCUGUUUUUCAUGUUUCAUCUGUGCUAAGUGGGUAUUUUCGCCUGUGAAAGCGAAAUUUGGGUCAGCUUUAAAUGAUGUAUGGCUGAUUGUAAGUACAUAAAGAAAUUGUGAGAAAAAGAUCUGAUCACUUGCUGUUGUCCACUUAACUUUCUUAUUCUGUGUAAAUGUAAAUACAGCAAUGGCGCAUAACUUGGUAAGUUUUUCAGGUAUGGCGACUGGUGUCACCAAUCAAACUGAAAGCAAUCCAGAAAAAGAGACAUGGGUUUGUACUUGUAGAUCAAGAAAAGUUGAUUAAUCCAUCCGUUUAUUGAAUAAGCAAAAAAACAACUAUUGAAUCACUGUUGAUAUUGGACCUGCCAAUAAACUUCAGGAUGCCUUUGUCCUCUCAAGAAUAUUAAGAAGUGAAAAAUGGAAAGUAAUCCUGUAAAGCCACUUUCCGAGGAGCAUGCUCUAUGUUUUUUCUCCUUUGUCAAAAGGGAUAUACAAGGUCUUUUAGGAGGUCUUGCUUGUUCAACUCUUUGAGGAAAAACACAACAAAAGGAACAUAACUAUAGUAUCUCAGAACCAAUUCAGAUUUCAGAACCUCUUACAUAAAAGCAGAUCAGGUACCAUAUUCCAUUCUCUUUCCUCUUUCAAGCCAGCAUCGUAUGCUGACUCGGCCGAAAUAUGAGCAGUGACUCCAGCAACCCAUAGAGUCUCUCAGACAUCUCUUUCAACACCAUUUCAUGCUUGCCUGCAAGCAAAAAGCUAGAAUUGUAAUGAUAAUAAAAACCCAACUUCAUAGUGGCAGACAGUAUAUCUUGUCAAAACAAGAUUUUAGCUACCUCUGAAAGAGUUACAUAGAGAACUAACCAACAGAACUGAAUUUUUCUGUCAUGACCUUAAGCUUCUGCAACUUAAUUUUUGUUCUUCUACCGUGUUGUUGAAAGCAUUCUGGAUUAUUAGCUGCUUAACCUUGAGAUCCCUACAAUCUCUAUUGUUGGUUCACUAAUCAAGGCUGGAAUCCAGGUCUUGGUUUACAGGUAAUGAAAUCUCAAUGCUAUAUAACCUGAACAACAUCAUGAAGGCUUUGCGGCUCACAAAUUUGGUUCAUCUUACAGUGGAGAUCAGGAUUCCGUAAUCCCAUUGACUGGAAGCCGCGCCCUGGUAGGUGGAUUGGCAAAGGAGUUAGGAUUGGAAACAACUGUACCUUACAGAGUUUGGUUUGAGAGGAAGCAGGUGUUUUCAUUAAUAAAGGGAAAUUAUUUGGUUCUUUUUAUGAUUUGCCUGACAAAAAUGAAUGAAACAGUGCAUUUUGCCAGAAUUUUAAACUACAUUAUCAUGUUUGUGAUUUCUUUUUCUUUUCUGUUUGGUGGGUGGACUCAAGUGUAUAGUAAUACCCUCUCAUUUACCACAAGAUGAAUCGGUAACAACCCAAUAUCUUCUGCCUCCUACCAACCAACAUGAAGUUGACGAAACCAAGGAAUCUUUUCGGCACUAAAAUUUACAAACCAGGCUCUGAUUAUCUAAAUGCUUGCCGUGGUUUCAACUACUUAGCUCAUACAGCAUUUAUAUGACUUGACAAGAAAACCAACAGACCUGAUAUGACAGUUAAAACCUCUUGUCCCUGAAUUCAUGUCUAGGUUCCUCCGUAACUAGGCUGUAAAGAGAAUUUGUUCCAGGCCUUGGUGACGCGGCAUAAGUUUUAUAUCAUGGUUCAAGAGUUAAGCAUUUCUAAGAUAUAAAUCUAGAGAUCGGGUCAAAACAGCUCUAAAUAUGAACAAGGU